GGAUGAUGUCUAUAUACUAUGUCUAGCAUCGCCUACUUUUCAUUUCAAAUCAGCAAUUAGGGUUCCGUUCAUAAGGUCCCUCUGGAUAAAGUAAGUUUCUCCAUCCCUGUUUUUAGGGUUACGAUUCUUACACAGGAGAUUGAAAGGAAGGAUGAGCGUCGUCAAUCUUACCAACGUGUCGGUUUUAGACAAUCCUGCACCUUUUCUGAAUCCAUUCCAGUUUGAGAUUUCUUAUGAAUGCCUCACUUCCCUGAAAGAUGAUUUGGAGUGGAAGUUGAUUUAUGUUGGGUCUGCAGAGGAUGAAACUUAUGACCAGCUCUUAGAGAGUGUUUUAGUUGGACCUGUGAAUGUCGGCAAAUACAGGUUUCUGCUUCAGGCAGAUCCUCCAGACCCGUCAAAAAUUCGUGAAGAAGAUAUUAUUGGUGUGACAGUAUUGUUGUUAACAUGUUCGUAUGUCGGACAAGAAUUUAUUCGAGUAGGAUACUAUGUCAACAAUGACUAUGGUGAUGAACAACUACGAGAGGAGCCUCCUCAAAAGGUUUUGAUUGAUAGAGUCCAGAGAAACAUUCUGGCUGACAAACCUAGAGUGACAAAGUUCCCUAUUAAUUUUAAUCCAGAGAACACUGAAAAUGUUGAACAACAGGGUACUACAGAAAUUAGUGUGCAUGCAGGAGAAAUGGUUUCUUGUACUGACCAUCCCUCUGAUAUCCAGCCUUCAUAAAUUUUGAAUACCAAUGCCAGCUAUUCAGAAACUCAUGUGAUUCAGAAUAGAGGAAGCUGACUUUCAAUCUGUAUGAGUUGUUAAAGGUUGUAUUACAAGUUAGUAAGUUAUUUUAAUCUGUAGACUUGAUAGAAGUCGUAGAACUAUGUAUUGUAAUUGUAAUUGUGCCCAUCUUUUAUGUUGUGUUGGAAUUUUCUCUGAAUGUUCAUUCUUUUUAGCCAAGAAAAGAAAAAUUGUGGUCUUAUUAAACUGAACUUGGGCACGAUCCAUUUUAGAAUGAACUUCAUAUGUCACUUGUUUAUUGGAAA